AUGAGCUUUUUAGAACAAAUAAAAAUUAAAAAAAAAAAUUUAGUUACUGUUGAAACUAAAGUGAAAACAGAAAAUGGUAAAGUUUAUAAAGAAUUAAAAACUAGUAAUGGUGUAUUUUAUCAAUCAUUGUUAAAAGAUGAGCAAAUGUGUGGUUAUAUAGUUGAUACUAAACCUGAUUUAAAUGUUGGAAAAGUAUUUGAAUUUUUAUAUUUUGGGUCACAAGAUGCUGCUGCUGACUUAAGCAUUUUGAAAUCAUUAAAAAUAUCUCAUAUUAUCAGUUUAGGUGUACCAGUUCCUAAAUACAAAGGCUACAUUUAUAAAUCAAUUGAUAUAUAUGAUUUACCUACUUUUGAAUUAUCAUCUAUAAUUAAAGAAUGUAUUCAAUAUAUUGAAGACAUUCACAAUUUGGGUAAUCGUGUAUUCAUUCAUUGUAAUGCAGGGAUUUCACGAUCACCUUCAAUUGUUAUUGCAUUUGUAAUGAAAUACUUAAAAAUGGAUUUUAAUGAAGCUUUUAAGUAUGUAAAAAAAACAAGACCCAAUAUUAAGCCCAAUGAUGGCUUUAUUGUACAAUUGAAAAAUUAUAAUUUAAGUGGAAUUUAAGAUAAUGAUUUUUUACCUAAUAUUAUUUAUCAAAGUAGUAUUUAAUUAGACAUCUAAAAAUAAGAACUAAUUAUUCUACAAGGUCUUAUUAACAUAGAUAAAUAUAGAUAGAACAAAAUCAUAUUUUUUUCUAGGAGAGAUAUAAACCCCCACCCAUUUAGUAUCCCUUUUAUUCUUUUAUGGUAUGGUUACUGAUAUGUAUAAAAACCUUUAAAAUAUAUUUUAUCGGAUUCAUUGACUACCCUAAAAGUUCCAGUGGCGCCCUGAAGCAGCUGCCUCAGUUAACCACAUAUGUAAACACAUCACUUUUUAGAGUAGACAAAAAAUAAGCAUUAAUUAAUACAAAUUGCAAAUAUUACAAAUCAUUCAAAGCUAUGCAAUUCGCUAUGAACAUAAAUUUUAGUUCAGGCAAAUUAGAUGCAAUUUUGAUGAGAAGCGAAAAAAAGAUAAAUUUUGACAUUAUAAAUAAAGAAUCCUAUAUAACAUUCUAAAAUCAAAUGCGUGCUAAAGAGCUCUUUGUGUGAAUUAAAUCAGUUUUUCAUAAUUAAUUUGUUUUACUUUAAGACUAAAAAAUAAAUACUUAUACAUGUUACUGUAGAAGAGGUUAUUAUUUAUAAAAAAGAUACUUAUAUUUUUUGUGAGAGAAUACUUACUUAUAUAAUUACACAUGUAAUAUCAAAGUACUAAAAACCUGUUUUACGACAACCAUAAUUGUCUCACAUUUUAUUUUUUUGUAUAUGUAUUAUUAUUAACAACAAUAGGCAUACAAAAAAUAUUAUAUUAUAAAAAAUAAUUUAUUAAAAUUAUAAUAUUGAUUAAUAAUUAUUGUAUAAUGAAUGCACAUUAUUUUGAAUUAUUAUAUUACAAAUACAUAAUUUAAAAAUAUUUCAUUUCCUAAUAAUAUGAUAAUUGAGGACAUAAAAUAAAAAAUUUUAAUGUAGUUAUAUCUAAUCAAUGUAUUUAAAACUUGUAUUUUUAUUGAAUAUAUAUAUAAAUGCAAAAUGUGUUAUUGUCUGUUUUAAUAUAAAUAAACUUUUAGUAGAAGA